AUGACAUACGUUAACGAGGCCUCUGUGCUCGGUGUAAGUAUGUUCUUCCUGAUUCUGGGAACACUGACAGCGUCAGCCCGGGUGUUUGUCCAGUUGAAGACUUCGCGUCUGACGGCUGCCGAUUGGCUUUCAUUCUUAGCUUGGUCACUCGUGAUGGGCGAGUGCGGCAUCAUGAUCGCAGGCGCAACAACACAUACUGUUGGAGCCCAUUCUACUCCAAAUCUAGGUCCCGAAGUCCUCGACUACAAUGCUCGAAUACCCAUUCGAUCUGAUACAGAUCUUCGCGCUCGCGACGCUCAAACUGUCUUUUUAAUCGGCAUCGUUGUCGUCUGGGCUAUUACCUUUCUCAUAUGCCUUCUAGCACAAUGCGGCUCGAACAUUGCCACAAACUUUGGCACGCUUGGCGAUUUGAAGGCGAAAUGUACUGACACUUUUGCAAUUCUUAUUGGACUGGCAGCAUCGGAUGUUGCCGUAGAUUUGGUCAUUCUGAGCAUUCCAUUGCCACUGGUCAUAUCGUUGCGCUUGCCAUUAAAAAAGAGGAUUGGGAUUGUCGCUGUGUUAGCCAUUGGAAUGUCGGCAACCGCGUGUGGUAUUGCACGCAUGUCGUUGUUUGUUGAGAUUUUAGGUCCAUCGCUAAUCUCAAAGCCUACAGUCGGUGGUGUCUCGUCCGAUGAUGACAUUGGUAACGACAAUCUUCCCUGCAUCGUUAGUAUUCUUAUGUUCUGGGGCAUGCUGGAGAUGGGGAUCGCGGUAGUCGCCAUAUGCCUUCCAGUGCUGUACCGUCUGCGCCGCCACCAGCCCCUGAGGGAUCUAAUGGGACGUCUCCGUUUAUACGGGCUUUCGAAUUCGUCCCAUUACAGCGGCACGGAGAUAUUCGACCUUGACGACCCGAGACAUACUGCAUGGCUGCAAACCCAACCCGGGGAAUGCGUCGCACAGGUGAGCCAUGUCCCGAAGACUAGUGGCGAUGCAGAGUGA